CCCCUCUGCUGGUUAAGGACCCCUUCACGUCCUCCUCUCCCCUCGCUCUUCUCCCCAACCUGCUCGCCUGUUGGUGAUAGCCUCACCUUUUUUUCUUUCCUUUUCUUUCCCUGUGAAUCCCCCAUACCGGCGUCGGGGAUUUCGGUUGUUCUUGUUUUCUUUUCUCUCCUCCUUGUUUGCAGGCUGGGUCUUGCAUUUGGACUCGCCUUUUGCCUCGCCGUCUUGCGUUUGCUAAUUGUGUCUGUUCGCCAACCGCUACUCUCUGCUCGGAUGUCGUCGGCUUGCUUCGCGUUUUGAUUCCCCUUUUCGCCCUUUUUUGUGGCUAGGUUGGCUGUGCCGUCUUAAUACCGUGGUAUUCAACACUUUCCACGAGACGUAAUAGCUUCUACCGGAUCGAUUUCCCAUACGAUCUGCAACCUCCCUCUCGACCAGAUAAUCCCUGGCUUUUUAUACCGACUUCGACGCCAGUCCAUGCCGAUAUAAUAUAUUUACAAUGGAUUCAGAAGACGGAAGCCUGUUCAUAAAGCAACUUGCUGCUUAUGUCAAGGCACAUGAAAAAGCUCUCGCCAAUGCGCUCCAAUAUCAACGCCGAGAGCCUCGCCAUAGGAGCUCUCAAAGCACCAGCGCCGUGGUUGUACCCCCCUCGCCGACUAUCCCGGAACGUCCUUCUACCUCCUCAUCUACCUCCAGCUCCCUUGUCGCGGCUCUCUCACUUGGCAGCCUUAACCUCUCAACUCCCAGUGUUAAAUCAGCUAAGCUAGCCUUGACUCCCCACCACCUCUUUUACCUUCUCUCUCGCUUUGAGGAGCUCGGUAUCGCUGUUGGGCCUAUGAAGGUUCGCUUGGAAAAUCUGCAUGACAGCACUUCCUCGGCAAACUAUGUUUCAUUCCUCAAUAAUGCUAAACAGAGGCCCCGGGCUCAUAGCUCCGAUGUCAAUUCCAUCCACUCCGUCUCGAGCAUAAGAAGCGUCAUGUCAGGCAUGUCAGCUCUUUGGUCCAACCUCAGCAUUGGCUCCAGCAUAUCCUCAGCUCGACAGGAGCGCCAGAAGGCUGCCUUGGAGUCCGACAUGAAGUAUCUCUACUCUGCUUUCACAAAGAUCCCAUGCUUGAAGCUCGCCCCCGACUGGAGAGCAAGGCUAAUCAGCGGCUACGAAGAGUUCCCAUUUGAUUCUGCCGUGCCAUUAUAUGUCUUUAAGAAUUUGCAGACCCUUGAGAUCAACAGCAUCGACUUUAGACAGUUCUUUGGCUGGGAUAGACUUGCCGAACAAGUCCGAUCCCUGACAGUUCGCCGUGCCAGUAUCGAAGACCCUGCAGAUUUGCUCAUCGACAUCGUUCUGGACGAUAUGGAUAAAAGACGUCGACGCACCUCAAAGUCCCAGAGCUCACCUACCACAACUUGGGCACCGGCAUACAGCCCCCGUCGCGGCUCCGCUACUCCCCAUCCCGAACUCUCUCGUUCUGUCUCUGCUCCAGGAUCUCCCGACCCGCGAAGCAUCAUUGCUGAGUUGCGAGUCGGCUCAUUAACGCCACCGGAAACCGUUCUGGAGGAUACCGAACAACCACGCCUGACUCGACAGGAUAGUGACGAUAUUCCACGAUCCCCUCCCAAGUCAAGCAGACCACGAAGUAGCUCGCCCUCGAGACAGCUCGGAGCUAGAGUCUACCAGCCGCACCCCCGAACGGGCCAUAGAAUUUCCCGCUCAGGCUCUGCUAGCUCAUACUCUAGCAUGGCUGAUUCUUGGAACCCAAGCCACGGCCGCAGUGGUAGCUCUGGAAACCUGCUCGCCAUGGGUGUCAUGCCUUCGUCCAAGUGGCGCUUUCUGCGUCACUUGAGUCUUGCUGACAAUGCAAUGACUGCUAUCCCAGCUACUAGCCUCACCCCCCUUGCUAAUACCCUCUACUCUCUGGACCUCUCAUCAAACUUGUUCAGCCAGAUUCCUGAUUCUCUAGCAUCUCUGACUGCCCUCCGCGCCCUCAACCUAUCCCACUGCAUGAUUGAUUCGCUCCACUCUUUGACCAGAAACCCUCUUCCAGCCAUCACUGCCCUCAAUCUUCGUGCCAACAGGCUUCAGUCGCUUGCUGGUGUGGAAAGGCUCUACCCCCUAGAGCGUUUCGAUGUGAGAGAUAAUGCUCUGACUGAUCCUACAGAGAUGAAGCGAUUGACCGGUAUCCCUGACAUCCGUGAGAUUUGGGUCGACGGCAACCCGUUCACCCGAACCCACAAAGACUAUCGCAUCACCAUCUUCAACAUCUUCAGAGCCACGCCUGGCUACACUGAGGAUAUUGUCAUUGACGGCACUGGCCCAAGCUAUUCCGAGAAGCGCUCUCUCAUCGAGCGAGCCGCCAUCCCAGCCUCUGUUCCUGUUGUGAAGCCCACUGCCAUUGAAAUUCCUGCCGUCGAGGUCAAUAAGCCCACCAUCGUCUAUGAUACGCCGAAGCCUCACACGCUCCGCAAGGAGCGCCCUAUGGCUGAGAGCAGACAGGUAGAAGCCACAUCCAACUCUCGUCGUCGUCGAAAGACGCCCAAGAGACGGAUCGUGGACCUCGCUACUGCAGAUGGGUUUUCAUCCCCCGCCGCUGUAGAUGUGCAGGCCCCGACUAUCAGAGCAGUUGCUGGUGAGGUAGACGAUCGUCUUGCACGAGCAGCUACCCGAGCCUUGCUUCCACCUGUUCUGUUGUCGCCACCGGGUGAUCCUUCACAUUCGAUACCGGAUUUGAUACCCUCAAAAUCUGACGGCGAAAUGUCCUCCAGUGCUACUCCUGAGUAUACAACAACCAGUACCAGUCAAGACUGGCAAGAGACGAAGCCGUGGGAUACUACGGGUGACUAUUACCGCCAAAAGAUUGAAGCACUGCGAGACAAGGUUGGCGAUGGUUAUUUGACAGUUCUCAGCGAAGAGAAUUGGGAUUCAGGAACCACAUAUACAUCUGCCAAUCUUGCUGCUGCCUCAUCCAUCCAGGCAGUUCACGGCACACACCAUGUGCCGGCGGUUCAGCCUAUUCACAGUGGCCAUACGUUGGGCUGAGUUGCAUUUGUCUCGCUCUACCUGGCUACUCUCUCCUCCCUCAUCUCCCCUCCCCUCCUCUCUUCUUCCAAUACCAGUACAUGAUUGUGCCACCUCUGGUACAAAAAAACGGCAUUUAUUCUUUUACAUAAUUCUGCAUUGUUACGGCGUUUGUUUGUUUGUUUUCAAAAUCUUUUUCAAAGGCCUUUGAUUUUGUGUUUUGGCGUUCAGUUGCUCUCUUGUCUUUGUUUUCUGCGUUGCUUAUUCCUGGCCUCGUUUAUGUGGUACUCGUUUCUCUGCCAUGUCUUUUCUUCUUUUGCUUGCAUCAAUUGCCUGCAUUCAUUCUGUGUCGAUACAAACUCUGCCUGUUGUUGUGUUGUUGGACUCUGUAUUUGGCGCGGAUUGCUUCAUUUGAUUAUACCCUUUGUUGUGUUGCGAUUUCAAUGUAUUUUUCUUGCGGGGUUCCCCUAGGUGUAGCUGCCUUCAAGCACUCAUCGUUGAGAUACCAUGUUAUGAAUAUAUUGAUACGGACGGCGAUCUUUCGUAUACAAACCAAGUUCCUACAACGUGACAUGAUUGUUAUACUCUUGAGUUAAAGUACAGACGUAUCCGCCAAUCGCGUCGCUCGUUACCUUGAUUACUCGGCGGGUGCCGCGUCUCGGCUACUUGGUAGCACAGAAUCUGGG